AAGGCGGAGGCGCGCCCAAGAUGGCGGCCUCCAUGUGCGACGUGUUCUCCUUCUGCGUGGGCGUGGCAGGCCGGGCCCGGGUCUCCGUGGAAGUCCGCUUUGUGAGCAGCGCCAAGGGGAAAGGGCUAUUUGCCACACAGCUGAUCCGGAAGGGAGAGACCAUCUUUGUGGAACGGCCCCUGGUGGCUGCACAGUUUCUUUGGAAUGCACUUUAUCGCUACAGAGCCUGUGACCACUGUCUGCGGGCACUGGAGAAAGCAGAGGAGAACGCCCAGCGGCUAACUGGGAAACCAGGCCAGGUUCUGCCACACCCCGAGCUGUGCACUGUGCGCAAGGACCUCCACCAGAACUGUCCCCAAUGCCAGGUGAUAUACUGCAGUGCAGAAUGUCGCCUGGCAGCUGCUGAGCAAUACCAUCAGGUCCUGUGCCCAGGCCCCUCCCAAGAUGACCCUCUGCAUCCUCUCAAUAAACUGCAGGAAGCAUGGAGGAGUGUUCACUAUCCACCUGAGACAGCAAGCAUCAUGUUGAUGGCACGGAUGGUGGCCACAGUGAAGCAGGCGAAGGAUAAGGAUCGUUGGAUCAGGCUCUUCUCCCAGUUCUGUAAUAAAACAGCCAAUGAGGAGGAAGAGAUUGUCCACAAACUCCUGGGGGACAAAUUCAAGGGCCAGCUGGAACUUCUGCGGAGACUCUUCACAGAGGCCCUUUAUGAGGAAGCACUUAGCCAGUGGUUCACUCCAGAUGGAUUCCGGUCUCUCUUUGCUCUCGUUGGUACCAAUGGCCAAGGAAUUGGGACCAGCUCCCUGAGCCAGUGGGUUCAUGCCUGUGAUGCUCUGGAGCUGAAACCUCAGGACCGAGAACAACUGGACAACUACAUCGAUCAGCUCUACAAGGACAUCGAGGCAGCAACUGGCGAGUUUCUUAACUGUGAAGGAUCCGGCCUCUUUGUGCUUCAGAGCUGCUGCAACCACAGCUGUGUUCCCAAUGCAGAGACCUCCUUCCCAGAAAACAACUUCCUUUUGCAUGUCACUGCCUUGGAGGAUAUUAAGCCAGGAGAGGAAAUUUGUAUCAGCUAUUUAGACUGCUGUCAGCGGGAGCGCAGCCGCCACAGCCGCCACAAGAUUCUCAGGGAGAAUUAUCUUUUUGUCUGUUCCUGCCCCAAAUGCCUGGCAGAGGCAGAUGAACCCAACGUGACCUCAGAGGAGGAGGAAGACGAAGAGGAGGAGGAGGAUGCAGAGCUGGGGGAUGAGAUGACUGAUGUGUGAUGUUGCCUGCCUAGAAAAGGCCCUGCCCCAGAUCCUGCCGGGAAAGGGGGCCUUCCCUCAGAGAAGAGGCUUGGAAGGAACACCCCAAUCCCGUUGCCUGCUUCCCCUCCUUCCAGCUCUGUUUCUGCGGGCGGGUAGGACAGAGGCUGGACCCUAGGCUCUCCAUCCCCCACCAGACUUCACGCCCUGGACACUGCUGCUGAGCGGCUUGGGCUCUGCGCUAUAUACUGAGCCUUUCGAAACUGGCCUUCCCCUGAGGCACUUCACUUCAGGGUGUGAAUGGCUAGAACCAUGUCAGGGCUUAACAGUAUUUCUUCCCCUUGGCCCCAUGGCCAUGCUUACCCAUCCGCCUGAGGCUCCACCUUCUCAACUUGCUAGUGAGAGUUGAUAAGGCAACUGUUCAGCUGCUUACAUAGCUGUGAGGGACAGGAAAGAAGAACUGGGCAUCCAGAGGACCUUCCCUAUGGCUCUCUUCCAUCAGGAGAACACUGAGCCAGGGGGAUUACGUCCCUCUCGCCACCUCCUCACUCUCACCAUCCAAACAUCUGGGAUAGUAAAGAUUAACCUCUCCCCCAGACUCUACAACCUGCACUUGUGCCUUGCCUCGUGGGCUCUGGCACAGUGGCUGGCCCAAUUGGGGUAUAGAAGGGGCCGCUGCCUCCCUCAGGAGGAAGGGGCAUGUGGGGGAUCUUUACCCUUUCCUCAUACCCUUGUCCCACUGAGGACUCCAGCAACAUGGCUGAAACCUGGGUGUUGACAUGCCCAUGCUGCUUAAUUCAGGAUGCUCUAGAGUCUUCCUUGGGACCAGGUUAAAAUGAGUCAGUGAGACGCCUGGCCUCAGUCUCCAUCUUUAGGAUUUCCACAGAACAUUGAAGUCUUCCAGAAACCUAGACUUGCUGGGCUACUCUGAGAUCAGCCCUGACUGUGUCCUCUCCCCUCAGAUUAGCACUACCCCUCUCACUCUUAGGUUGGAUGCUGUGGGAAUUACAACCCAUUACUCUCAGUUCCUUCCAGCCUACCUUCCCUGAGAGGCCUGCCACCACCCCACCCCCCUGAGGGAUCCCAGGGAGGGCAGGUGCCCCACAGGCCCUUUCCUGGAUUAUGGAGCCAGAUGGAACCUGCCUGUCUGGCCUAUUGGGUUCUUCACAGAAGCUAGCACCCCCUCCCACCCUGCCUGCCCACUAUUCUCAAUAAAAUAUGAAUGGUGACAGGCCUCUGCAGGAAUGCUUUGUGAAGAGUGGUUUAACAGGCUGGCUGUGGCACACAGCAGGCCAAGUAAGUGGUGCAUAGGGGCACAGGAUAGACAGGGUGAUAGCAGGAGACAGGGGCUCCAGCUCUCCACUUUGGGCUCAUCUCUGGUCUCUGACUCUGCUGUGUAAAUGUUUCUAAGACCCAAGAGGAAGGGUCCUCUGAGGUCCAGUGUGAAUGCCCAGUGCCAGCUGCAAGAUGAGUCUUCUGUGUUGAGAUCCAACAUUAGCAGUCCAAGCAUUGGUCCUCAGGAAAUUGAUCAAGUCACGUAUCCCCUCUGGGCCUCAGUCAGUUCCUCCCAUCAAAACAAGAGCAUGGGAUCAGAGGAGUGUUUGUAUACCACCCCUCCCUCCCCCCACCCCUAUACUCUUAUUAUUCUAGGACACAAUUGCAACCCUGAUAAGAGACUUUAUUGCUAAAAAGUCUGAGGAUUUAUUGAGUCCCCAAACACCCAAUCCUUAAACCACACCAGGAACUGCUGUGAAGAACAUUGUGAGGAAGAGACCCUGGGUGGGGGAGACUGGAGCCAGGUGGGACUUGGCAGGUCACAGAUGGCUCCUGGGUUCCUUGCCUUUAAUUUCUUUUGUUCCACAUUCUACCCAGAAGCCCUGGGAUCUGGCUCUUGCCUCUUCCCACAGCAUGAGAUACCCUUGGGUGUACCCUGGGGAAGGGAAGGCCAGUGGUGCAGCUUCCCUUAGCCUUGCCAAGGCCCUAGCCUGUGACCUGUACCUGUCCCCCUUUCCCCAAGUGCUAUCCCCAAAUCCCAAACAGCAGAAUUCCUGGAUUCCCCCUUCCCAGCCCAGAGUUGCUUAUGGCAGGAAUGUGGGACCAGUUCUACCAGAAGGUCCAGGGUGGCUGCAGCAGCUCAAAGGUGGGGAUGCUGGUGACAUUAACUGGAAUGGAAAUGA